AGCGCUUCACCAUUUGCUGUCAAGCGCACUGGGUGAGGAACGAUAGGGUACAGUAAGUAGAUAGAUAGUGGGAUAGACGAGGUAAAGCAAGCCAACUUGGUCGCUCGCUCGCUCGCCUGCCUGCAUUCCUUAUCAAACCGAAACCUAUCCGCUGCCGUACAAGUCUAUCUUUGAAUCGCCGCAGCUCAGAAAGAACACGCAUAUUUUGAGAUAAAGUACAUAUCGCGCAGGAGGAUCAUAUCAAGCGAAGGAGCAACCGUGAGAGAAGCACGAGAUACGGAGACAUGGCUGCGACAACCUGUACACGAUUCACGGACGAUUUUCAGCUAUACGAAGAGCUGGGAAAGGGAGCAUUUUCAGUGGUGCGCAGAUGUGUCAAGCUGUGUACUGGACAGGAAUAUGCUGCCAAAAUAAUCAACACCAAAAAGCUAUCUGCAAGAGACCACCAGAAGCUAGAGAGAGAGGCCCGUAUCUGUCGCCUGCUCAAGCACUCCAACAUCGUCCGUCUCCAUGACAGUAUAUCAGAGGAAGGAUUCCACUACCUCCUGUUUGACUUGGUGACUGGAGGGGAGUUGUUUGAGGACAUCGUAGCCAGAGAGUACUACAGUGAGGCUGACGCCAGUCAUUGCAUCCAGCAGAUCGUGGAGGCGGUGCUACACUGCCAUCAAAUGGGCGUGGUGCAUCGAGAUCUAAAGCCAGAGAAUCUGCUCCUAGCCAGCAAAUGCAAGAAUGCUGCCGUCAAGUUGGCCGACUUUGGCCUGGCCAUCGAGGUACAAGGAGAUCAGCAAGCCUGGUUUGGAUUUGCUGGUACACCGGGAUACCUGUCCCCUGAGGUACUGAGGAAGGAGGCAUAUGGCAAACCUGUGGACAUCUGGGCCUGCGGGGUGAUUCUGUAUAUCCUGCUAGUGGGCUACCCUCCCUUCUGGGAUGAGGACCAGCACAAACUGUACCAACAGAUCAAAGCUGGGGCAUACGAUUUCCCCUCUCCAGAGUGGGACACAGUCACUCCAGAGGCUAAGAACCUGAUUAACCAGAUGUUGACCAUCAACCCUGCCAAGAGGAUCACCGCCCAGGAGGCCCUCAAACACCCAUGGGUCUGCCAACGUUCUACAGUGGCGUCCAUGAUGCACAGACAGGAGACAGUGGAGUGCCUGAAGAAAUUCAACGCCAGGAGGAAACUUAAGGGGGCCGUUCUCACUGCUAUGCUGGUUUCCCGGAACUUCUCUGUGGGCGCUCGUUCCACCACCGCUCCAAUCAGUGUCAGUGCAGCAGCGGCAGCAGCAGCAGCGGCGGCGAGCACCACCGGUGGGCUGGUGGAACAAGCAGCCAAGAGUUUGCUCAACAAGAAGGCAGAUGUCAAGCCCCAGACACCACAGACAAACAGCACCAAAAACAGCAUAGUCACCAGCCCCAAAGGAAACGUCCCUACUCCUGUUCUGGAGGCUCAGACCACUGUUAUCCAUAAUCCAAUGGAUGGAACUAAGGAAUCUACUGACAGCAGUACCACUGUGGAGGAUGAGGAUGUGAAAGCCUCUAAGCUGCCAGACCUGUUUGGCGUUGUACGCAGGGCGUCAGGGCCCAUGUCUGACAGGGAGGGAGGCACCAGCACACCCCCUCCAGCCGCCCCCUCCACCGCCUCCCCACCCAUGGCACACACCCCCAUGCAGCUAUCCCGUCUCUCAGACCUAGUGAGCAAUGUUCGCCGGUCGUCCGCCCCGUCCACAGCCCCCACUCCACCUGCGCCCGCCGAGGCGGAGGUGGUACCAGCUCCCAGGCCCACCCCCCACCCAUCACACCCCACCUCCCCUCCUCCCCCCAUGUCCCUCUCCAGCCUCUCCCUCACCUCUCAGACACGUAAACAAGACAUCAUUAAGAUCACUGAACAGCUGAUCCAGGCUGUCAACAAUGGAGACUUUGAGGCAUACGCUAAGAUCUGUGAUCCUGGUCUGACCUCCUUUGAGCCCGAGGCCCUGGGCAACCUGGUGGAGGGAAUGGACUUCCACAGAUUCUAUUUUGAGAACCUCCUGUCUAAGAACAGUAAACCUAUCCACACCACCAUCCUCAACCCCCACGUCCACCUGAUUGGAGAGGACGCCGCCUGCAUCGCCUACAUCCGCCUCACCCAAUUUGUCGACGGCCUGGGCCAUCCGCGCUCCAGCCAAUCAGAGGAGACUAGGGUGUGGCACCGCCGGGACUCCAAGUGGCAGAACGUCCACUUCCACUGUUCGGGCGCUCCCGCUGCGCCACUCCAGUGAUGUACGUGAGGAGGAGAAUGCCAAAGCCAUGUCUGACAAGAGUGCUCUGCGAGAGAGAGAGAGAGAGAGAGAGAGAGAGAGAGAGAGAGAGAGAGAGAGGGAGAGAGGGAGGCAGAGAACAUGUCAAGUGUUGGGCGGCUCUAAGCCUGCAGCACCAGACCUCUCGCACACCGGAUACCCAGCAUGCAUCUCUUCUCUACAACUACUGCCCCCUUGUCUGUCGCCGUCUGCCACUGUACCCACUGACGACACUAUCUCAACAAUCAACCAACCAUCCAACAACAGCAACCCUCUUCUCACCGCAACCCCAACCCACUGUUAACUCACUGUCAACUCACGGUCAACCCACUGUCAACUCACUGUCAGCCCUUCCUCAAACCCAACCUCUCCAACUCUCCCCUCGACACACUCACGCCCAGUAUUAGGAUUUGGGCAGGGAGUGUAUUGAGGGUGUGUGUGUUAGGGGAGUGUUAGGGGAGUGUGUUGGGGUGCUUUCUUGUCCUCGGUGUGCGUUUGAUUCUUCCUCUUUUGUCUCAUGAUGUCCCCCCUUCCUCUUCCCAUCUAAACCUGUGUUGUUUAACACAGGAAAUACAUGAUGUAGAGUUAAGUAAAAAUCUAUUAUUAUAAUCAUUAUUAUCAUUAUUAUUUCUGCUAUUACACAAUUGAAAUUGUAUAUGUAAUUUGUAUAAUUCUAAUUCUUAAUGCUAGUGGUUUCUAGAGUUUCUAGAUAGAGGAACUAUCUUUUAAGGAAGCAUGAUGUUUUUUGAUAUUUUGCUGUUUUUUAUUGUGGCUAUUAAGUGACAAAAUGAUAUUGGCAGUUUUUGUUUUAGCUUCUUGUAUGUUAUCUAUUAUAUUAUACUCAGCCCAAGAUCAUGUUCAAGACAUCUACUUUUUUAUGAGGGGUGUGUUUGACGACGUGUCAAGGGUGGAAACUACAUCACUACUGAGGUCCUGCAGGGAGCCGUGCCCAGGGCUGUCGUCACUGAUGCCUGUUUAAUAUGUGGAGGGGACCUUAAUGGAGAUGUAACAGGCAGGCUGUUGGAUGUGUGGACUGGAGAGAUGUGGGCCUCUGCGGUCUGCAGAUGGAAGGUGUUUUAUCCAUGAGAUCACAUGUAUGACUGUGUGAGUUUAUUUUGUAUACACCUGACUCUCUGUCCUGUGGUCUCUGUAGUUGCUGCUCAUUUUAGAGUGGAGAGAUGUGACUGAGGUCUGACAGGGUAUACAGAGGGGUGUGUGUAUGAGGGAGAGCCCCUGUUGUUGGUAUUCCACAUGAGAGAGAGGUAAGUUAGGAGAGGAAGGCUUUAUUUCAGGAGUCCUUUCAGUCCUCUGCCGUCAGUCCAGGACUUGUUUUUCUUAUGAUUUAAUGAUAUUUUUAUGUAUAUUAUAUUUUCAUUUGUAAUAUCAUCCUCAUUGACUUACUAUCUAGUGUUAUUGAAAUCUGUUACUACUACUCACCGUGUUUGUGCCAAGGCCAACAGUACUCAUCGUGUUUGUGCCAAGGCCAACAGUACUCACCGUGUUUGUGCCAGGGCCAACAGUACUCACCGUGUUUGUGUCAAGGCCAACAGUAUUCACCGUGUUUGUGCCAAGGCCAACAGUACUCACCGUGUUUGUGCCAAGGCCAACAGUACUCACCGUGUUUGUGCCAGGGCCAACAUUAUUCGCCGUGUUUGUGGCAGGGCCAACAGUACUCACCGUGUUUGUGCCAAGGCCAACAGUACUCACCGUGUUUGUGCCAAGGCCAACAGUACUCACCGUGUUUGUGCCAAGGCCAACAGUACUCACCGUGUUUGUGCCAAGGCCAACAGUACUCACCGUGUUUGUGCCAAGGCCAACAGUACUCACCGUGCUUGUGCCAAGGCCAACAGUACUCACCAUGUUUGUGCCAGGGCCAACAGUACUCACCGUGUUUGUGCCAAGGCCAACAGUACUCACCGUGUUUGUGCCAAGGCCAACAGUACUCACCGUGUUUGUGCCAGGGCCAACAGUACUCACCGUGUUUGUGCCAAGGCCAACAGUACUCACCAUGUUUGUGCCAAGGCCAACAGUACUCACUGUGUUUGUGCCAAGGCCAACAGUACUCACCGUGUUUGUGCCAAGGCCAAAGUACUCACCGUGUUUGUGCCAAGGCCAACAGUACUCACCGUGUUUGUGCCAGGGCCAACAGUACUCACCGUGUUUGUGCCAGGGCCAACAGUACUCACCGUGUUUGUGCCAAGGCCAACAGUACUCACCGUGUUUGUGCCAAGGCCAACAGAGAUGGACAGAUGGAUUUAAACACUAUAGAUGGCUUCAUACACACAUGUACUUUAGCAGUGAGGAUGUGUCGCUCUCUGAAGAGACAUCAACACAGGACUAUUUCUCUUUAACGAAUAGGUGUAAGGUUUUCUCCUGACGCCGUCCCAACAUAGUCGUUAUGCCUGCCUGUGAUUGGCUACCUUAGGUGUCUUGUCGCUAUUGGGCAGGCAAAUUUUAGCGAAGCCAUCGCAUUGGACAGUCAGGCAGUCACCCGGUUGAUUCGUCCUCAGGUUUCUAUUUAUUUAUUUAUUUUGUUGGAUAGUUUAAUAAAGUGCAUUUACUUAGUUUCUCCCUCAGGUU